UUCAUAUUUUAUUAUGUUCUCAAUUAAAUUAUGUCUCCUAAAACAUAAUAUUCUACAUCCGACCAUCAUGAUAAGACGAUCGAACUUUGAUUAGUAAUAUUUUUUAUAAGCAUAUCCAAUUUUCAAUACCAAUAUUUUUUUUAAUGUACCCAACUUUAAUUGAAAAGUCUUUAUUUCUUAACACUCCUAAUUUGAUUAUAAAUACACAAUACCUUCCCCUUUCCAUCUCUAUCUAGUGCAAUCCAAAAGUUUUCUAAAGAAAUUAUUAUUUUCCUUAGUUGUUGAUUGUUCAUGAUUUUUUUUCCUUUAGUUAUAUAUCUGUUUGGAAUUGAUACAUUAAAAUUUUACAAUAUGUACAGGUAGUGCCAUUGCUUUUGGAGACACGAAAGUAAUUUCACCAACAGGAAUUCACAAGGCAACUAUAGUCUGGCUUCAUGACAUCGGGCAGAAUGGCCGAGAGUAACACAAUCUGAUAAUCACAUACUUUUUUUUUUAUUAUAAUAUAUAUAUAUACACAUAUAUCAUAAUUUGUUUUGCUUUUUUUUUGAAGUAUUUUACAUAUAUAAUAUUUGUUUCCCUAAGCUUUUUGUAUUAAAUUUCAUUUCUUAUGAGCUCACUUCACUAAAGUUGUAUGUAUAUACGUAAAAUCAGUCUUGUUCAUUUCUUACUUCAAGUAUGACUCUCACUCUAUAUGUAUAUUUUUUCUCCAUGCAGCUCAGCUAAGUUUGUACGUAAACUAAAUCUUCCAAAUAUAAAAUGGAUUUGUCCGACUGCUCCAACACGUCCCGUGACUUCCUUGGGUGGAACCCAAACUACUGCUUGGUGCGAUGUCACGGGAAUUUCAGAGAACAUGGCAGACGAUAUGGUUUCUUUAAAUUCUGUAUCUGUGUUUGUUACUAACCUUCUAAAAGAUGAACCACCCAAUGUCAUGUUAGGACUAGGAGGUAUAGGCAUGGGUGCAGCGGUAGCUCUCUACUUUGCAACUUGUUAUUUCAUUGGAUGUAAGAAAACCAUAAGACUAAGAAUUAUUGUAGGGAUCAACGGAUGGCUUCCUGCUAUGAGAAACUUUCGCCGCAACAUGUCAUUUAGUUACACAAGUCUUGCUCCAUCCGUACAAAUCUUACUUACACAUGGAACUUCUGAUGCUAUAGUUCCCUUCCAAGUUGGAAACAUAUGUUUUGACACUCUUCGCGCGGCUGGAUGUCCAGUCACAUUCACACCAUACGAAGGGGAUCAUCAUGCAAAUGUUCCUCAAGUAAUCAAUGGUGUUCGCUCGUGGCUCACAAUGAACCUCCAUUUCUAGGGUCAAUGCUGACCACUGCGUAGAGACAUGAAUAGGAGAGCAAAACUAUUAUACAAUAUACUAUACAUAUAUAAUAGCAGAUAUAAUUUUUAAAUUUAUCCUUUUUUAUUUAUAAUCAAUAAUAUAUUUGCAAUGUUCGUUGGGAACCUUUAAAAAAAGCUAACAUUUAUUUCUCCGUUUAUAAUUUAGGGGGUGUUAUUGAAUUGUGGAUUUUAAAAGAAUUGGAUGUAUUAUAAAAUCAGGUGUUAUUCAAUCGUGUAUCUAUCUAUAUAUAUAAAGUUAGCUUUUUCUCUU